AUUUCGUUUUGACACAUAGUAUAACUUGCCAUCAUGCAGUCUUUUUUAUUAGCUGUUUUGUUUGUUUUAGGUGUAAUUGUCAAUUUGACAUGGGCCGAAGGAUUAAAUUUAAUAAAAUGUCCUGAAAAUGAAUUUCGUGGAUGUAAACCUUGUUGUACUGAACCCACCUGUAAACAACCACAAUCAAAUUGUCUUUUAGCAUUUCUUUGUACAAGGGAUUGUAAUAUAAUUUGUAGAUGUGACGGUGAAUUAAUCAGGGAUACAGCAACCAAUAAAUGCGUAAAACAAAGCGAAUGUUUUAAAUAAUUUUAAUAUAUAUUUUCUUAAUACUACUCCAUUUGUAGACUUUUGUAAUAUAACACUAUUUUACUAUAUUGUUAUUAUUUUUAUUCAAGACCGAUUUCGAGUUUUCUUUACAAUAGAACAGUUGGAUAUCCCUCUUCAGUUAUUUUAUUGUUAUUAGAGAUGAACUGAACACUUCUAGAUUGUAAUACAGUAUGUAUAAUGCAGAGUGUCCCAAUGAAAAGUAGCUCGUUUCCAUUUGAUAAAAUUUGGUUACGGUGAAAUUAAAAAAAGAGAUUUUUAAAAAACACCCUGUAUAGGUAAUACAUAAUCUCUGUAUCACUGAAGCAAUAAUCAUAGGAAAAUAAUACAUAUCGGCAGAAACCGAACGUUUCUACGAUUUUUAUAAGUUAUAAGCUCUGGAAAUGGGCUACUUUUCAUUGAGACACCCUGUAUAAUAUAAAAGGGGUGUAAAAUCAUAUUACCACGUAUAUUAUUUACUCACCGAUUGAAUAAUUCUAGAUCUAUAAAUAUUUGUCACGAUUUACGUUAUAUUACGUUAUAUUAAUAUUAGGAAUGAUAAUUUAUAUGAAAAAUGUUGCAUAGACUGCGCUUUUUUGUCAAUAAACCAAUUUUACAAUUAAAGACCUUAACUUCUAAAGGGUCUAAGUACC